AUCCGGUCUCCCCGGACCCGGCAUUCACUAGAUCCGGUCUCCCCAGAUCCUGCAUUCACUAUAUCCGGUCUCCCGGACCCUGCAUUCACUAUAUCUGGUCUCCCCGGACCCUGCAUUCACUAUAUCUGGUCGCCCCGGACCCUGCAUUCACUAGAUCCGGUCUCCCCGUACCCUGCAUUCACUAGAUCUGGUCUCCCCGGACCCUGCAUUCACUAUAUCUGGUCUCCCCAGACCCUGCAUUCACUAUAUCUGAUCUCCCCGGACCCUGCAUUUACUAUAUCCGGUCUCCCCGGUCCCUGCAUUCACUAUAUCCGGUCUCCCGGGACCCUGCAUUCACUAUAUCUGGUCUUCCAGGACCCUGCAUUCACUAUAUCUGGUCUCCCAGGACCCUGCAUUCACUAUAUCUGGUCUCCCAGGAUCCUGCAUUCACUAUAUCUGGUCUCCCCGGAUCCUGCAUUCACUAUAUCUGGUCUCCCCGGUCCCUGCAUUCACUAUAUCUGGUCUCCCCGGACCCUGCAUUCACUAUAUCUGGUCUCCCUGGUCCGUGCAUUCACUAUAUCUGGCCUCCCCGGACCCUGCACUCACUAUAUCUGGUCUCCCCGGACCCUGCAUUUACUAUAUCUGAUCUCCCCGGACCCUGCAUUCACUAUAUCCACUCUCCCUGGACCCUGCAUUCACUAUAUCUGGUCUCCCUGGAGCCUGCAUUUACUA